AUGGAGAUGGUGACCCAGCGGCGGUGGCGCCGGCAAUCCCAGACUGGAAGAUCUCCUGCUCUUAAUGGUCACGUUCACUACACAGAAGACUACCUUCAGAAGUGCAUUAACCAAGAUCAUGAUGCAUUGCCAAUCAAGCUUGCAGAUGGCGAGGUCAACGUCGUCUCUCGCCUCAUCACAGGGAAUGACAGGAUGACCACCAUCACAACCAACUGGACAGAGUUCCACUGUCGUACAAACAUGCAUGAGGGUGACAUCUGCGCCUUCUACUUCAGACGCAAGGCAAGGUUUGAGCACCCGAGCCUUUUCGGCCCAUCGUCGUCGCCUGUCCCAGUUCCCCUGUUCAAUACUGCGAAACUGUUGUAUGCAGUGCUGUGCCCGUUGUACAUCUACCGCCAGAAGCACCCAGUCAACCUGCUGCUGCUCGGCGUCUUCACCGUGGCCAUCAGCUCCGCUGUGGGCAUGACAUGUGCCUUCACUAGCGGCAAGGUCAUUUUGGAGGCAGCAAUUCUUACAACGGUGGUUGUCUUCAGCCUGACUGCUUACACUUUCUGGGCUGUAAAGAGGGGCAAGGACUUCAGCUUCCUUGGUCCUUUCUUAUUUGCUUCUCUCAUCAUGUUGCUCGUCUUUGGGUUCAUUCAGAUCCUCUUCCCGCUGGGCAAGCUUACUCACAUGAUCUAUGGCGCGCUGGCGGCACUCAUCUUCAGUGGCUACAUUGUCUAUGACACGGACAACAUCAUCAAGCGUUACACCUAUGACGAGUAUGUCUGGGCCGCCGUCUCGCUCUACCUUGACAUCAUCAAUCUGUUCAUGGCCUUGCUCACCCUGUUUAGUGCGGGUGACAGCUAAGUGCAUCGCCUUUUCACCUGCUCACGAGUCCUUGACUUGAAGAACUGUAUAGGCGCUUAUUAGUUUAGUUGAGUUGAUCCCUAGAGAGGAAACAUAUAAGAAAACUGACGUGCGUCGGUUCUAUGGAUGGUACUGUAGAUGUGAUGUUGGGUUUAGGGGGUCUUUGAUAUGCUGGAUUAGUGGUGUGCUGCUGCGUUUCUGAUAUCAUUUGUAUGGCCACGCGACUUCUGGACGAGGACAAUAUUGCUUCCCAGCACCUAGGAAUUGGUCUCAUGCCGCCGUACAUGUGGGUAACAGGUUUGAAUCAGGACAAGUCAAUAGGUAAUGAUUUGGUGGUGUACGUACCUUCAAAGAGGAUGUUCUUGUAGAUUUCAUCCAGUUAAGCUUGAUGUUAGCACUGAUAACUGAGGGACUAUCGGGCGAAGGCGUGCGUCGUGCCCGUCGGUAAGCCCAUACAUGUGCUUAUUUCUUUUUUCUUAUGAGAAAAAAGGAUUUGAAAGAGGGUUGCCGCUGUGGGAAUUUUUGUUUAUCUGGUGGAUUCAUGCAAAGCCAUUGUAUGUUUUUUGUUUUGUGCAUGCGUGCGGGGGUCCUUGUUGCUUCUUUUGUCUAGGUUUUUUG